AUGGAGAUCAAAUCGGUGGCGUGCGAGUGUUGUGGCUUAACGGAAGAUUGUACACAAAAGUACAUUAGUAAGGUCAAAGCUAAGUUCGCCGGAAAAUGGCUUUGUGGGCUUUGCUCCGAGGCGGUGAGUGAUGAAUUCAGCCGUGAUCAGAAGAUGACAACGGUGGAGGAAGCUGUUAACGCCCACGUGUUGUUUUGUAGUAAGUUUAAUGCCAACCCGGCUGAACUCGUUGCCGACGGCAUGAGACAGAUGCUACGUAGGAGGUCCGGUGAGUUGUUGCCGGCGAAGUCCAAGAAGUUUGGAAGAUCUAACACCGCGUAG